CAGCUCCUCUCUCAGGGAACAAGGGCCAUCAACAGUCAGGAUGCCACUGGCAGAACCCCACUUUUCUGGGCCACAGAAUACAGGCACGAGAGACUGGUGGAGCUGUUGCUGUCCCAUGGGGCAGACCCAGAUCUCCGUGACCAACCUUUUCCUGGCCUGUGGCGCAGUUUCUCUGAGGAACCAAGCAGGGCAGCUGCCCCAGCAAUGCACCCAGCUCAGCUCCUCCUCCUGCAGGGCUCUGCAGGCCUUCUCUGCCCAGUUGCCCAGUCAGGUAGAGCAGGUACUCAGCAGGGACAUCUCCCGGGGCUUCGAGCAGGUUGCUAUUCCCUGCCUCAAUAUGGUAGAUCAGGAAUCCUGUCCCGGGGAUUUCCUCUACAUCACAGGGAACAUUGUGUCAGGCUCAGCACUUCUUCCCACAAAAAAGUGGGAUCAAAGUCAGUGUACCCAGUUUACUUUCACCUAA